CGGUGGCUCCCAGUGGCUCCCAGUCCAUCCCAGUGUGUGGGCAGUGCCUGGAGCAGGUGCUGGAGCGGAUCCAGGAGCUCUUUGGGAAGCACUCCGAGCCCUUCCCGGUGCUCUCGGCCGCCUCCGGGGCUCUCCGGGCGCUCUCGGAGCCGCAGCUGCCCCUGCACGGCCUCGGGGCCCUCGCCCGCAGCCGCCUCGGGGACGCCCUGGGCCAGCGGUGCCAGCUGCAGGUCAGCCAGCUGCUGCAGGCCGCGGCCCCGGAUGAGGAGGACAUUUAUGGGCUGGCGGCCACCCUGAGGAGACUCUCGGCCCUGUUCAGCCCCUCAGCGUCCCCAAAUGGCCCCAAAUGGCCCCAAAUGGCCCCAAAUGGCGCCGAUGUCCCCUCAGGGACCACGACCUGACCCCCUGGGGCCUCUUCGAGCCCUGCUGGCGCCUCCUGCGCCGCGCCACCGACACCGGCGAGGUGCCAGCGCAGGUGACCAUCCCGGCCAUCUCGUGCCUCUUCUUCCACCUGCUCUGGGAGCUCUCCCGAAUUCCCGAAUCCGGAGCCCCCCCGGCGCAGCUCCGGGAUUUCCGCUCGCGGGCGGCCUCGUUCUGCUCCUGGUGCCGGAGCUGCCUCGGCGAGCCCCAGCCCGGCCUGCGCCAGGCGGCGUUCCUGGUGCUCUGUGACCUGCUGGUGCUGCUGGGCCCGGGGCAGCCGCGGGAGCCGCUGCGGCUGCAGCCGGAGCCGGAGCUGCCGGCCCAGCUCGGGGCCGCCCUCAUGGACCUCGUGUUCCGCAGCCAGCCGGAGGCUGGGAAUGGGAACAACGGGAACAGCGGGAACAGCGGGAACAGCGGGAAUGAGGCCUCCGAGGGCCACCUGGAGGAGCUGCACCAGCGCCGGCUGCUCUUGGCCGCCUUCUGCAAGCUCCUGCUCCAGGGGGUCCUGGAGCUCCGCGCCGCCUCCGACGUCUUCAAGCACUACUCCAAGUUCCACGACGAUUACGGCGACGUCAUCCGCAAGACGCUGCGGGCGGCGCGGGAGCUCGACCGCCUCGAGUGGGCUCGCACCGUGCUGCUCAGCCUGCAGCAG